CUGGACAGAAUGUUCGCUUCGACGUCACAAAGAAAUGAUGAUGGUUUGCGGGCGUCUUACAAUAUCUCGUUACUUAUAGCAAAAUCCGGAAAACCGUAUACUAUCGGAGAGAAGUUAAUUUUUCCAGCCGUUGAAGAGGUUUUAAAAACUGUUUUACGCAAACCUACAUUUGAUAUCAUUAAAAGAAUUCCCUUAAGCAACAAUACUGUUGAAAGACGUAUUGAUGAAAUGAGUUCUGAUAUUGAAAGCUUCUUAUGUAAUUAUUUGCAAACGACCCAUUUCUCCAUACAACUGGACGAGUCAACUUUACCUGAUAAUGCAGCAUUAUUAUUGGCAUAUGUUCGUUUUAUUAUGAAUCAAGAAAUCGACGAAGAACUGCUCUUCGUAAGAACUUUGAUAACCGACACUAAAGGUGAAUCAAUAUUUCAUGUUUUGAAGGAUUACUUCAUUGAAAAAGCAAUUCCUUUAUCAAAUAUAAUAUCAGUAGCUACAGAUGGAGCACCUGCCAUGGUUGGACAAGUGCAAGUAUCAAAAACUAAAGUGUGGCAAACGCUGCGUCCACGUGUACAAGCCCUCCAACCUGACGAUUUUCCAGCAAGAGUGCGGUUUUGUGAGUGGUUGUUGCAUCAACAUGACAAUAAUCCGGACUUUUUGAAGUGCAUAUUGGUGACAGACGAAUCUACGUUCACGCGUAAUGGGGUGAAUAACUUUCGCAACACUCAUGUUCGGUCAUUUUCAACAAACAUUUUCGGUGAAUGUUUGGGCUGGCAUGACUUUUCACGCAACAUUUUGCCUUCCUUGUUAGAAGAUGUGCCAUUAAGUGUAAGACAAUCAAUUCGACUUACGAACGAACAACCCUUGCAAAUUAUUGAAUUUUACUAUCAAAAUUCAUGCUCGGUUAAGAGAGUGCAUCGAGCACUGCUUCCAAUUUAUGGGCAAUUUGGUCGGCCUGCUGAGGGAGCUAUUCGGAAGCUUGUGAUUAAAUUUCGAACCCAGUUUAUAUUAUUGGACAUUAAACCACCAACACGCAGACGUAGAGUGAUGACUGAAGAAAAUAUUGCGGCUGUAUCCGCCAGUGUUAGUGAUGACCGUGAAAUGUCGAUUCGCCGCCGUUCGCAGCAACUGGGCAUCUGUUACUCCACUACGUGGAAAAUUUUGCGACAGGAUUUGGAUGUAAAACCUUAUAAGAUACAGCUGGUGCAAGAAUUGAAGCCACACGACCUCCCACAACGUUUCCAAUUCGCUCAUUUCUGGUUGAAUGGGUACGUUAACAAGCAAAAUUGCCGCAUCUGGAGUGAAGACCAGCCAGAAGCAUUGCAAGAGCUACCAAUGCAUCCCGAAAAAAUCACUGUUUGGUGUGGAUUACAGGCCGGUGGCAUCAUCGGGCCGUACUUCUUCAAAGACGACAAUGGCCGGAACGUAACUGUGAAUGGCGAGCGCUACCAGCUGGACUUGGCUGACAUGUGGUUUCAACAAGACGGUGCCACAUGCCACACCGCACACGAAACAAUGGCCCUAUUAUCCUGUGAUUUAACGCCGUUGGACUAUUUCUUGUGGGGCCAUGUUAAGGCUAAUAUCUACGGGGAUAAACCAGCAACGAUUGACGCACUGGAAGCCAAUAUUGAAGCAUUUAUUCGUGAGAUACCGGCCGAUAUGUUGGAGAGAGUGUGCCAAAAUUGGACCUUGUGCAUGGGCCAUCUAAAGCGGAGCCGCGGCCCACAUUUGCAUGAAAUAACCUUUAAACAUUAA